ACUUUUGUGUACAUCAUACUUGCUUUUCCAAAGUCAAUCUAAAAAAAAGGCAGCACUAAUCAAAACAGAACUGAUUGUGAUCAAUCACAUAUUUCAUAUAAUCAGACAUCAUAAGUAUAUGCAUUCAUCAUGUCUCAAUAUAUGGAUGAAAUCGCCCCUGACGUGAUUUCUCCUCAUGAUAAUAAAUUAAGAGUUGAUCAACCUAUAAAACAUCUAGAUACCGUCAUUGCAUUAUAUGAAUUCCCUGGAACUCAACCUUCUCAUUUACCGUUAAAUCUUGGUGAUACCAUCUAUGUAUUAUCUAAAUCAGAUUCAGGUUGGUGGGAUGGGGUUGUCAUCACUAAUACUGGUGAAUUACAAAGAGGUUGGUUUCCUCAUAAUUAUGUUAGAUCGGUUAAUUAUGUUCAACCGGUAUUAAAUAAAUUAAAAAGUAAUAAAGAAUUAGAUUCAAUCACCGCUGCUAAUACCGCUGCAAAUGUCUUAAUCCCAACGUUUGCUAAUCUAUUACAAAAGAAUCUAAUUGAAUCAGAAAAGAAUACUCCUUCAAAUAGUACCAGAAAAAAUUCCGUGGUUAGUUUUGCAAGUUCUGAAACAAGUAUCCCAUCAGAUUCAAAAAAUCUAACCAGUAUAAGUCCUCAACAACAACAAAUGCAAACCCUGCAACUGCAACAACUGCAACUGCAUCAACCUUCUUUAAGUACCAUAUCUUCUGGUUCUCAUCAAAAUCCUUCUGUGUCUCAUACUUUAACUCCUGGUGAUUUAAAUGAUAAUGUAAUCUUUGCUGAUGUAGAAGAAGUGGAAAGAUUAGUCAAGAAAUAUAAACAAGAUAAAAAGAAAUUAUUAAUGUGGAUUCCAAAAUGUACUACUAAUGGAGAUUUUGUAUUUUAUUGUGAACAAUUAGAUAUUUAUUGUGAAUCAAUGCCAAUGGUGGAUUUUUCAUUAGGGGAUAUACCUCCAAAUAUGGCAAUCCCCAGUACAGAAGCUCUAAAUAAUAAUCUGGUGGUUCCAGUAGAAACUAAUCGUCAUAAUUCAGAUGGAGGAGUUAGUGAUAUAUUAGAUGCUAGAGCUGAUUCAGCUGCAAGUUUUGAUCCAUUAAAAAGAGAUUCAAGUGCAUCUUCUAUAUCACAAAGUUCAGGAUCAUCUUAUCAUCAUUUUACAAAACCAUUUUUUGCCGUUGAUAGAUUAUUUUAUAAACAUCCUCAAGAUUUAACUAAAUGGAGUGAUUUAAAGAAACAAUUUAAUUAUUUAUUGGAUUUAUCAGCAAAAUCAUUAAAAGAUCAUAAUAAACAAUUAUUCAGUACUCAUUUUUCAAGAUUAAAUAAAAUCAUUUCUAUUGUGUUUGCUGCAUCAAGAUUAAAUCAAGAAGAUUUUAUCGAUACCAAAUAUGAAACUUCAGUACGAAGAAAAUUAAAAAGAAUUGCCAGUUCAUUUGCCCAAAUUUAUAUUAAUGGUAUUUUACAUUUAAGUGUGAUGCAUCAUUCUCAAGCUACAUCAGAAGGUCAAUUGUUUAGUUUUGAUAUUUUUAAAUUAAAUAAAUCAACUAGUACAAAACCAGGGAAUUCUUAUCAAUCCAAUAUUUCAUCAAUUUCAACUGUUCGUCAACUGUCUCAAGAUACUUUGAAUUCAAUCUCCCCCGGAAUUUCAUUUGAUAAUACUAAUCAAGGACCAGGGGAAUUUGUAAGUUAUUUUCAACAUAUUGAAUUUGAAAUUGAAAAUUUAAGAUUAAAUAUGAAUGUCUUGAUUAAAAUCAUGACAAAGUUAAGUAAAGAUAAAGUGAUUAGAAGAUCCGAUUAUGAUUCUUCUGAUGCUUCUGAAGAUGAAGGGGAAGAUAGAUUUGAUAUUUUACCUCAAACUUAUCCAAGAUUUAUCACCGAUGAAUUUAAUGGAGGUAAUUGGUGUAAUCCAUUUUUCACUACCAGUAAUCCUAUAUUAAAUGUUAGUGGUGAUGAUUUAAAGAAUCGAUAUCAUUCAAAAAUCAUUAUUGAUCAUCAAGCUUAUGAUUCAUUAUAUCAUUUCCUGGAAGAAAUGACGAAAUUAAGUAAUGAAACUUGUGAUUAUUUAAAUCCUGAUUCUCAAUCAUUAUAUUAUAAUACCAGUUUAAAAAAUGAUAGAAAUACUCAUAUUUUAAGAUUAAUUUAUAAAUAUUUAUAUUAUGCCAGUUCUACUAUUGAUUUAAUUGAAUCAUUUGAUUUCACUGUGUUUUGUCUUAUAAAACGUUAUUCAUCAAAUGAAGAGAAUGAUGUCGAUAAAAUCAAUGAUCAAUUAUUAAAAGGAGAUAAUAAAGAUAAAUCUCAAGAUUCAUCAACCGAUCCUAAAAGUGAAGAUCCAAAGGCUACUACCACCGUUGAAACUACAUCAAAUUUAACAUUUGAUUAUCCUGUAGUUUUAGAAUUCUUUCAAUUAAAACAAGAAUUUCAUAAUUUAAUUUUAAAAAUUAUCAUGGCUACUCAAACUUUAACAUUAGAUGAUCCUGAAGUAUUUAAAGGUUUAAGAGAUGAAGAUCCAUUAUUUUAUGAUCGUGAUAUUUUGAAAUUACCUACUGAAAAGGCAUCGUUAUUAUUAACCAAUAUCUUAACGGAACAAAUCAAUCAAUCAAAAGGUGAUGCUAUAUCAGUUAAUCCUGAUACAUUAAUGUUAUCCUAUUUAUUGGAUGGUACUAAAUUCUUUGAAACUUUAUUAAAUUUAGUUCAACAAUUGAUUGAUGAACGUGAAACCAUUUUAAAUUAUGCCACUAGAGUUAUGCAUGAUGAUUUUAAUGUUCAAUUACUUGUUAUUGAAAGAAAUAAUACUAUUUUAAGUGAUAAAUCAGAUGAUCAUUCUUAUUAUAGUGGAGGUCAUAAAAAGGCUAAAGAUUUACCUUGGUAUUUGGAAGGUGAUGAAGAAAAUGAUUUAUUAUUAGAUUUGAAAGGUAAUAUUAAAGGUGGUACUAAAGAAGCCUUAGUAUCUCAUUUAACUCAUCAUGAUUUAUUCGAUAGUAAUUUCAAUUCGGCAUUUUUAUUUACAUUUGCAACUAUGAUGUCAUUAGGUGAAUUGAUUGGAUUAUUAAUUAGUCGAUUUAAUAUUGAAGCACCUGAAGGAUUAAGUUAUGAAGAAUAUAACACCUGGAUUACUAAAAAGCAAAAUCCAAUUAGAAUUCGAGUUAUGAAUAUCAUGACAUUAUUAAUUGAAAAACAUUGGUCUAAAUCUUAUUAUAAUGAAACUAUUUUAAGAAAAUGGCUAUUAUUUAGUCAAUUACCUAUUGUUCAAAGUUAUUCCAUUGGUAAACAAUUAAAUAAUGAUUUAGUCCGAUUAUUGAAAGGAGAAAUGGUAUAUAUUGAUAGAAAACCAGUUAUCCCAACCACUAAACCUCCAGCACCAUUAAUUAAAGGAUCAUUAAUAUCUAAAAAGAUGAAAUUAAUGGAUAUAGAUUAUGUUGAAUUGGCUAGACAACUUACGAUUCGAGAAUUCAAUUUAUAUGCCAAGAUUUCUAAAUUUGCCUGUUUAGCUAAAGUUUGGGGAAAUAAAUCAGGAUUAAAUGAAACUAUUGAAAAUAUUCAAAGUUUUAUUCAAGCUUCUAAUCAAUUAACUAAUUAUGUGGCCUAUAUGAUUUUACGAAAGACCGAUGCUAAAAAGAGAGUUCAAAUAAUUCGAUAUUUUGUUCAAGUGGCAGAAAAAUGUCGACAAUAUAAUAAUUUUUCAUCCAUGACCGCUAUUAUAUCAGCAUUAUAUUCAUCACCAAUUCAUAGAUUAAAGAAAACUUGGAAAUAUGUUCAUACUGAUUCAUUAUCACAUUUACAAAAUAUGAAUAAAUUAAUGAAUACUUCGAGAAAUUUUAAUGAAUAUCGUGAUGUAUUAAAAUUUAGUGGUAGUGAACCAUGUGUACCAUUUUUUGGAGUAUUUUUAAGUGAUUUAACCUUUGUUUAUCAUGGUAACCCAGAUAAUUUAUUAAAUCGUACUAGAAUGAUUAAUUUUGCUAAGAGAGCAAAGACAUUUGAAAUUGUUAGUGGAAUUGAUAGAUUUAAAGCUACAGGAUAUAAUUUCCAAAGUGUGGUUGAAAUUCAAAAAUAUUUAGAUUCAUGGUUUGAUAAAUGUCCAAGUGUUGAAGAGCAAUAUCAAAUUUCAUUAGAAUUGGAACCUCGUGAACCAACCACUAGUACGAAUAAUACCACCAGUAGUAGUAGUAGUAAACUUCAUUCUACCAGUACCCAUUCUACCGUGGCUACUUCUGAUCGUGAUUUAAGAAAUUCAAAAGGUUCAGGUCCAACCACUAAUCUUAGUAGUUUUGCAUUUAAAGGUCUAUAAAUUAGAUGUAUAUAUAUAUUUAUAUAUAUGUAUAGUACAGUAUUAUAUAUUUAUUUAAUUAUUUAUUCACAAUGGCUUAUUUAUUUGUAUGAUUAGAC